UACAAGUUGCAGAUAUGAGCCUAUUUAUUUCCCUUUCUGCUAACAAACUCACCAAAGCGAGGACGCCCAUCAGGUUUAAAAAGAUGGAGAAACAAUUGCGUCUUGCUGUUGGAAUUAUGGGAAACUGUACUUCACUUCUUAUGUAUAUGUCGCCAGUCAUUACAUUCGUGAAGGUAAUAAGAGACAAAUCAGUGGGGCACUACUCUUGCACCCCAUAUGUGAUUGCUCUCUUCAACUGUUUUACUUACACCUGGUAUGGCAUGCCUGUGGUAAGUAAAGGGUGGGAGAACAUUCUGCUCUCUACUGUCAAUGGCGCUGGCAUUAUUCCAGAAUGCUUUUUCAUUUGCACGUACCUAAUCCUUGCUCCUCCCAAGGCCAAGCUCAAAGUGGUGAGGAUGGUUGCAGCUGCGGUGGUGUUGUUCACAGUAAUGGCAAUGGUCUCUACUUUUGCCCUUCAUGAACAUAAGACUCGCAAGUUCUUUGUGGGCAUUGUGGGAAUCUUAACAUCCAUUGCACUCUAUGGUUCUCCACUUGUCAUUAUGAAGCUGGUGAUUACAACGAAAAGUGUGGAGUUCAUGCCAUUCUACUUGUCAUUCUUUGGCUCUCUCGCCAGUAUUUUGUGGAUGACCUACGGUGUCUUAAGCAAAGACGUCUUAAUUGCUGCUCCUAAUGUGAUAGGUUGUCUUUUGGGAAUCGCUCAACUUGUAUUGUAUUGUAUUUAUAAAAAUAAGAAAAAGAUGAAGGAUCCAGAGGCAGGAAUAAAAAAUGGAGGAGCCAUCUUGAAUGAAAUGAAGACAAAGGUAAUAGUGGAUGGAACUCCAUUAUCACGAAAGGACAACCGUGAUAACGAUCAACCAAUUUAAAUAUCAGUUGAUAAAGAACAGUAUCCUUCUAUCAACUUUCUGCGAUCCUAUAUAAUGUUGGAACCUCAUCUUUAAUUUAGUUGUGUGGUCUUUACAAUCCAUAUUUUUAUUCGGUAUGCUUGCUAGCUACCUAGCUUACUGGUUUUCUUGAUUUGAAUCGACUUUGUUCUAGCAAUUUCUGAAUUAAUACUGUCGUUGGGUAUAUUACUGAGUUUCCAUCACUCCAUUAUCUAGAAUAAUCUAGAUAAUGGAGAGAUUAAGAUUUGAUUGGGUUUGACAUGGAUGCCACUGUUAUUCAAUCCUUGAAUCCAAUGUUGGCCGGACCCAUGAUUAUAAAUUAAUUCACAAAU